AUGGAAGAGUAUUUGCGGAGGGUCCAGAGCAGGCUCGGGGCAGCUCCAUCAGAAGGUCUGAUCCAUGCUGUUUUAGGCGGGCCAGAGCCAGAUGUUGACACUGUGGCUGCAACACUGUGCUUGGCACUACACCUAAGUCAGAGGGAACCAUCAGGUGGUGUGUGUGUACCGUUGCUGUGCAGCAGGCAAAAUGACGCUGUGCUACCCGAAGAGACUGUGAGAUAUUUGCAGAGGGUGAAAAUUAGCGAGAGCUUGUUGCUGUGGAAGGAGGAUGUCGACCUUGUUGGGCUUCAUCAGGCUGGAAAGCUCUCCCUCAUUCUGCUGAGAGACGGACUGUUAGACAGCUCUGAGUACCACUCUCUGGAGUCCAGCAUCCUGCAAGUGGUCCAUCGUGAUGGGCAGCAGGAUGGAGAGGAUGGGGCGCUGUCCGUGGUGACGAUGGUUGCAAAAGAAAUUCUUCAAGAGGCAGCGGAGCACGUCAGAGCAGCACUGGGUGAGGUUCUCAGAGAGGCCUUGCAGCUGCAAAGAGAGACACUGUGGAACAAACAUGGCUCUCACUCAAGAGAGCUGGAGGAUCUCAUUAGAUCCCUGAAGCAAUGGGGUGGAGUCUGUGUUGAUCAGCACGACGAAGAGAAGCAACAAGACUUGAUGCAGCGGCUGACGGUGGGACUGAAGGAGUUCUCUGAUGGAGAGAUGACCAUAGCUCUCACCUCACUGACGACUGAUGAAGAGGACUUGCGUAGUUAUAUGGAUGGGCUGAAAUCGUUCAGCCUUUGCCAUGGCUACGAUGGACUUGUCAUUCUCUUGACGAUAAGUGACACAGUUCAUCAUCCCCGCCAGCAGAUGGCUGUCUACUCAAACAACACAGACAUGUUAAACCAGAUCUGCACUGAGUUGGAAGAGUCCUCCAGCUGGUCUCUCUCAGGUGGACUGGAGGAAAGGGAGAUUCUUCAAGUCUACCAUAUUCCUAUAAACACCUUUUCAUCUUCUGGUACUCCUCCUCUGCUUGAGGAAGAGAUCCGGGGCCUCCUAAAAGACUUUGUCGACAGGCGGAGCUCCGUAUUAGCCUGCCACCCAAGCAGUAGGACCUCUUCCACAGAAGGCGUAGCAGGCAGUGUGGAGUUCUCCCAGGGAUCAUCUGGGAUCAAUGACAUGGACGGUUCUGACACAGAAAGGGCUGAAGGAGGAAAUGGAGAUAUGGUCUCAGAGGCAAGGGUGAUGGCAGAUGGAGAAGAGGACACAGGAGCUGUGGGAAUCAAUGCUGGUGGGGAGCUUUUAAGUCCUGAUAGUGGCAUGACCACCAUCCGUAGCAGUCGGUCCUCCAAAGAGGGCUCGGUGUUCCUUAGUGAUGACAGUCCAGUCGGUGAAGCUGUUGCAGCUGGAGGUCCCACAGCAGCGUCAGGAGGACUCUUCGUUAGAAACCCGUCUUCCCUCGGGUUGUCAUCCCUUUCCCCACCUGUCCCACCUGAGAGAAGGAAGCACCGUUCUCGAAGAAACAGAAGUGACAACUUAGACCUCUUCAGUUUCGACUCGCCUCAGAGCGUCGACCACCCUUUGCCAGCGGGAAGAGAGCUGGUCAGUUCUGGAGGAGGAGGAGAUGAAGGUUCAAGGAGAGCAGGAAGCUCCAGCUUAUCAGAGCUUGAUGAGCUUAGCCUGCUAGAUUUUUCUGCUCCCAACUCAUUUGGAGGGCUUGAGAGCAGAAACUCUUCAGUGGAUCACCAAUGCCAGAUGCAUGGGAAUGAGAUGAUGGACACUAUGGUUCCUCCAACCCCGGUCAACAGCCUUGUCGGUAGCCGUCCACCCAGCAGUUGCGGGGUCAGAUUCUUCCCAGAGGAUGUAGUUGAAAGGAUCAGUGGCCUACAACAUAAGGACAGCGUAUCUUCCUCCCUGUCAGAGACCUGGGAUGAACUUAGUUUUGACACACAAGGAGUGUUGUCAUCAAGUGAUAACAGUGGCUGGAAUAGAUUGAAAGACUCAGAGAGCCCCCAGAAUAUUGUGGAUGAGGUAAAAGAUGGAUACUCAGUCAGUGAUGCGACGGAAAAUGAAAGUAGAGAAGAGGUGUUAAAACUAGAGACUGCCCAUCAGAGGGUUAAGAGUCUUGAACCUCAGCUUAGUUUGAUCACCGAGCAGACUGAAUCUGGUGACAACUGGAACCCACAUUCAGUACGUACGGAUCAGUGGAAUGUUGUGACUUUGGCUGAUCUUCAGCUGACACCACCAGAGGAUGAAGCUACUGGAAAGUGGAAAACUGCAGGAAAAGAGAGAAUUACCCCUAUCUCAACAAAGAAAACUAUUUUGAAUACUUUAACACCAGAUACGUCUAAAGAAGAAGACGAUAGUAUUCCAAGUAAAAAAAGAGACCAACAGAUGGAGCUCUUAGACUUCUGGACAUACUCUGCUCAGAAGGGAUUUCUAAAAUCUGAUAGUGGAACAACCACCUCUUACCCUGAAUCUCUGGAUAUGUGGAAUAUGACUAUAUUUGAUGACAGUCUGUCACCUCUUACCACCCCAGACAACUUAUCUGAAAACUCAGGUUCCUUCUGUGGGCUGAACACACAUUUUAAAAAAGAUCCAUCUGUUGAAAGUCCAAUUGUAUACUCAGAUGGUGGAAUGGAGAUGUGGAACACAACCAUACAGGAGGACAGCUCAUCGACAACAACAACCCCAGAAGGACCUGAAAAUGGAAAAGACCGCAGCCACAUGGGAUCAUUGGAUCCUAUGAAUUCUGUGGAAGCACUGACAAGCAAACAGGCAGAAGAGAGAAAAUACACAGGUGAAAGUGAAAUUAAUAAAGAAGUUGAGUGGAGAGGUAAUGAACAUAAUGUGAAAAUAGUCAUAGAGGUUGCAGAAGAUGGAGCACAGGCUGAGGAAACAGCCAGCAAAGACACGCCAAGUACUCAGAUUCAGUGUGCAGGCUAUGAUACGACAUCUCAACAAUCAGAGGAUGAGACCUCUCCUCAGCAAAACCCUGAUCUGUGUGACCUGCCUGUCCCUGGCAUGGUCAUGUCCACGUCUGAAUAUGACAAUGUAGGAGCUGCAUCAUGGAGCCUGUCUUCCUCCCCUGACAAUUAUGCCAGCCCUGUAGUAGAUCUGAUCCAACUCGAUGGGCAGUCAAGCCCUUUUAUGGCUGUUAGCAAACCUUUACAAACAGAGGAGGGGCAAAGUCAUGACCAGACUCCUGACUUUCUGAGAAAGACAGAACACACAACAGUUACCUCAAAUAAAGACCAAACUUUGAGCCAGGUGUUUAAUUUUGAUGAAAAGCCAAGUCAUGCGACUAAAAGCAUGCAAGGCCAAUUUGAAAGAAGUUAUGAAAACACGAGUGGAGAUGAAUCGGAGGAGAAAGACUGGAUGGAUAUACCCACGAAUAAUUCCCCAUUUUUUCUGGUUGACAGUACUACUGUCACUCAGCAGGUUUUGAUAAGUCCAGAGGAAACUCAUGAAACCCAAAUCCAGACAGCCCAGCCAUUAUCCCCGAGUUGUGAGGCCUGGAAUACUCCAUCCAAGAAACCUGAAGGCUUAGAGUCAGCUUCAUCAUCACUUCUUUCCAACAAAACGGCCCACAGUGAAGAUGGUCCUACUCUUGAAUGCCAAGAGGAGGGCGACAAAGAGAGCAAUGUAGAUGUACAGGGCAAAAUAACUGAGGCAUUGUCUCUGCUUGUCAGUCCAGGGGGGAGGGGAGAUGUUCUACACAGCCCUGACAGUUUUCAUACAAACAGUAAUGAUAAACUUGGGUCCAGUUCAGAAGGAGAUUCAUUCUCAGGCUUAGAAAUGGAAUACAUUGAUGUCCCUGGCACAGUAAAAGAAGCUAAUAAAGAGUGUCCUGAUAGGUUUGAAGAAAGUGACAGGCCGUUGAAAGGGACAAGAAAGCCGAUGGAGACAUUUUGCAUGCUGUCCAGUGCUGCCACAGUUCUAAAGACUCAUGCCCAACAUGCACGCCAAGUUGCCCAGGCAAAUACACUGCAAAGCAGUCAAAAAACAGGUAGAGGAUCUGACAAUACAUCUGGUGCAGACCCGAAGCUGAAUGAUGUUGUGUCUGCCCCUCGUUACCAAACUAACCUUGAUGAUGACAACAUGGUGCCAGAAAUAAUAAGUCUUAAUCAAUCAGACUCGGCAGCUUCCUUUCAGUCACAUUCAAGACCAGCAGAAGAUGGAAACGAUGAAGUUGAGUCAAGCCCUGUGGUUCGAAGUGUGUCACCGUCUUUAAGACAUCCAUCCGAUCACUUCCUGAAGACAAGGGAGGAGGUUUAUGUUCAUUCCCAGAUCUCAAUGGAAGAUUCAGAUGAGGGUGAGCAGGCACCAUCAGCACCUCCACCGAGCGCUACCUCCUUGGGUGACUUCCAAGUCUGGGGAGGGCAGUUUGUAACCCAAGACACCUCUCAAACGUCUCAACCACAAUCACCUGCACUCUCAAACAGUUCGUUCUCUCACACCAGCUCUCUGGUUGCCACCCCAGUGGAUGAAAUGAGCUUUUGUACCAAAAAAGGACUUGGCUUGCCAUUUUCUGGGGACUUAAUGGAGGAAGAACAUGAUGAAGAAGAACAUGAAAAGGAAGUUUACAUAGAAGGUACUAGCCCCUCAAAAUGGACUCCGGAAGUACAAAGCGACAGAGGGGAAGGACAAGCAUUUGGAGGCCCUGACUUGCUGAGUUUUACUGAGAACUUGAUCGGAGAUUCCUCCUUUCAGCACACAGAUUUACUGACACUUGAACCAAAGUGGGAUGGGAUUCUGCUGAACAGUGAGGUCCACUGUGACCAACAACCAAUUAUGACAGAUAAUUGUGAACAAUGGUCUAUUGAGCAUCAGAGAAGAGAUCAUGAGACUUCACAUGAUAUUUAUUCACCUGCUUUAAGAGACCCAUCAGGAAGACACCAAGAUGGGACAACACAAAAUGUAUCACAGCCAGUCAGUGGAAAUGCUGCAUACCAGUGGACAGAAAGCCAGAACACAACUCAGGGUCAAGCCAAAUACGGUUACAACUACCACCACAUUGACCAAAGAACUGAAAAUCAGGGCUCUUACUCAGCGUGCGCAGACACCAAAUCAAAUGACUGUCAGCAGAAUACCAUAGAUGUCUAUGCUGAGUUUACCACUGAUGCUUCUCCUAUUGCGUAUAGUCCCAGGCAGCCUGACAACUGUCUUGCAGCUAGUGAUAAUGUUCAAUACAACUUGGACGAGGCAUCAUUUAAGCAUCAAUACAUGGCCGAAAGCCAGUGUCUAAGUGAUUCUAUGCGCUCAUCAGAACUCCAGUACUCCGAGCAGCAAGGUGAUGGCCAAAGUCAUUAUGACCCAGAGCAUGCUCAUUAUCAGUGUGACGGACAGCAGUUUUACCAAUCAGAUAACCAUCCUGAGCCAGAAGACAAAGCACGAUAUGUGCCAGAAGGAUAUGUUCACUUUCUCCUGUCACGACACUCCCAGCAGGGAGUUGGUUCAGCAGGGAUGAUGCUGAAGACGGCCUCCAGUGAAGAAACGGCUGAGGAGCUGGAAAACAGAGAAGACCCACCAUCCUCAGCAGAUACAUCCGGCGGGUCUAAUCAGAGGAGGAAGCUCACAGCUCCACCAAUGAACGUGUCACUGGACCACAGCGAGGGCUCUCUUCUCUCAGAGGAUGCUCUGGACACAGAGGACGAUGCCUUAGAUACUGGGGACGACCUGGAUGUGAAUAUUGAUGACAUGGACACACCUGAUGAAGCCGACUCUCUGGAUUUCAAUACACAUGUGGACUCGGAGGAGUCUGAUGUGGGCGCGGGAGCGGCCUCCGGUGGCGCCUCCGCAGGCCGCCAAGUAUCAGAGGAGAGCAGGGACGGCGGGCUCUGGAGGAGCGUGGUGAUUGGAGAGCAGGAGCAUCGCAUUGACAUGAAGUGCAUUGAGCCCUACAAAAAAGUCAUUUCUCACGGAGGUUAUUACGCUGAGCAGAAUGCCAUCAUCGUCUUUGCUGCAUGUUUCCUACCAGACAGCGACUGUGACAAUUAUAAUUAUGUAAUGGAAAAUCUUUUUCUCUAUGUAAUCAGCACCUUGGAGCUAAUGGUGGCAGACGAUUACAUGGUUGUGUACCUGAAUGGUGCCACGCCUCGUAGGAGAAUGCCUGGUUUCACCUGGAUGAAAAGGUGCUACCAAAUGAUUGACCGGAGACUGAAGAAAAACCUAAAGAUGUUCAUCAUUGUUCAUCCUUCCUGGUUCAUUCGAACUUUGUUAGGAAUCACCCGGCCCUUCAUAAGUUCAAAGUUCAGCAGCAAAAUCAAGUAUGUGCACACCUUGCAAGAACUUGGGAAAAUAAUUCCAAUGGAGUAUGUCCACAUUCCACCCACCAUUGUCAAAGAAUCGACAAGGGGAACUCAGCUGUUUGACACCACGUGUUACUACUGCCUAUUUGCUCUCUGCAUUAUGCUGUUUUCUCUGCCACAGCAUGUCCGAAUAUAAAAGCCAAACUGCAGCAUGUUGCAUAUGGUGUAUGGGUCACAAAGGGGUGCUGUGGUUCAAAUCUGAGGGUGCUCAAUGUACAGUGCAGAAAGACUGUAUCUGUGUGAGGAGACUGUCACUGUGCUGAGGGGAGAUGCUCCAAACAGUUUUACAGAGCUGAGACAUCACUGUGUUGCUCAUAUUGUUUUUUGGGUUGUUUUUUGUUUGUUUUGUUGGAGUUUUUUUGUUUUUGUUCGUUUGUUUGUUUGUCAAUGUUUUUGUACAUUUUUUGUUGUAGUUGUUGUUGUUGCUUCAGUUUGUCUGUUUGAUGUACUUCCAGGAACUAGUCAUUGUCUUCAUUGCCUUCAUACAGUAAAAAUCAAUGAAUAGUAUUAAAAAAGCCUAUUUUUUCAAGCUAAAGUUGUAAUAAUGUCAUGUCUGUAAACAGGCGAUGGACUGCAUCUCAUCUGCUUGCAAAAGAUAUUAGCCUUCUUUGGAAAAUAGGGUUACACUGUUGCUACACUGUUAAAGGAUUUUUGUCUAGACUGUAAUCAUAGAUUAUCGAGGUUUGUAAAAGAUAUGAUCUGAACAAUAUGAUUUUGCAAUAUUAAAAAAUGUAUUUGAAAAUUCUAUUGUAGAGGCUGAUUGUAAUAAAAGUAGCAUGAAAUAAGGGCAAACCUGAUUAUAGUUAUUCAGAAGCAAUGAUCAUUGCAGGUAAAGGGAGAUUUUUUAGUAUGUUAUUGAGCACUUAAGCAGUUAUCAGAAGCUGCAGUAACGUGUUGCAUGAAAGCUUCAGAUAUGAGAUAUUCACAGCCAAAAUGUGGAGGAGGAUGGGUGUAUGAUAUGACAUAUUACUUUGGGGUGUGUGCGUGUUCACUGGUGGGGCCAUAUGUACUUUUACCUCUACAUGUUUGUAUGUGUUACUGUAUUCCUUUGAAAAAUACAAAAAGUUGUUAAUGAAAUUAAAUAUGGUUUCCUCCCAAACAGUCUUUUCCUUAUUUUUU